CAUAUACCCUGCUGGAACCAGUAGUCAUGCCGGACACACCCGUGGAGGACUCCCUCUUCCAAAUCAUACACUGCUUCCACCACUAUGCUGCCCGGGAAGGGGACGUGGAGACCUUGUCCCUGGAGGAGUUGAAAGCCCUGCUCCUGGAUAGCGUGCCUCGCUUCAUGGACACCUUGGGCCGCAGGCAGCCAUACUACAUCACGGAGCUGUUCCGGGCGGCUGACAAAAACAAGGACAACCAGAUCUGCUUUGAUGAGUUCCUGUACAUCUUGGGCAAACUGGUGAAGGACUACCAUCUACAGUUCCACAGGCAGCUGUGCACACACUACUGUGCCCAGCACAGCCUCUACUAGGGGAGGCCAGACAGUCUCCCACCACUGCAGUCUGUUCGGGGAGGUGUGGCUUGACUACAAACAGCUUGCAAAACUCAGCUAUGUAUUUCUUCUUAUGUGUGCGCACAUGUAUACAAAUAAUAUCACAAACAUUCCCAGGACAGACCCAGGGCAUGGCUCUGGGUAUCCAUGAAUGUUUGGUGAAAGAAGUUUAGUCUUUACUAUGUGGAACAUCAUUUGGGGGCAGAAGACAUGCUCCUGCCUUAGGUGAUCCCUUGCUUGAGUGGGGAAUACUGGUCAAGAAGAUAUAAAUCGCAGUGGAGACUCAGGUAGUGUGU